AUUCACACAAUUGCGUAGCGAUUCUCCUAAUAGUAAUUAAGAAAUUUUAAAUGGGGCCCACCGUCGAACUCCUCCUCCGCCUUGCCGGAAUCCUCUGCCUCCUCACCUCCGCCCACUCCCGAAUCCCCGGCGUCUUCACCGCCGGCCCCUGGCAGCCCUCCCACGCCACCUUCUACGGCGGCAGUGACGCCGCCGGCACAAUGGGCGGCGCGUGCGGCUACGGCAACCUGUACAGCCAGGGCUACGGCGUCAACACGGCGGCGCUGAGCACGGCGCUUUACAACAACGGCCAGACCUGCGGCGCGUGCUUCGAAAUCAAAUGCGACGCCGGAAAAGUCCCCCAGUGGUGUCUCUCCGGCGGACCCUCCAUUUUCGUGACGGCCACCAAUUUUUGCCCGCCGAACUAUGCCCUACCCAACGACGCCGGCGGGUGGUGCAACCCGCCCCGGACCCAUUUCGACCUAUCCAUGCCCAUGUUCACCACAAUCGCCCGGUACCGCGCCGGUAUAGUCCCCGUUAACUUCCGCCGGGUGCCGUGCAAGAAGCGAGGGGGGAUUAGAUUCACGAUGAACGGAUUCCGUUACUUCAAUUUGAUUCUGAUAACGAACGUCGCCGGCGCCGGCGACAUAGUCCGGGCGAGUGUGAAGGGUCCCGCCACUCAGUGGCUGCCCCUCCGCCGGAAUUGGGGGCAGAAUUGGCAAUGCGACGUCGUUUUGGUGGGGCAGGCGCUGUCGUUUAGGGUCACCGGCAGUGACCGUCGCACGACGACUUCGUUUAACGUGGCGCCGGCAAAUUGGCAGUUCGGACAGACAUUCGCCGGCCGGAAUUUCAGAGUCUGAGAUUAUAAAUAUAUAUAUAUAGUUAUUUAAUUCUAGGAUUUGGGUUCUGUUUGUUUGUGUUUAAUUUAAAAUAUAAGAAAUGGUGUUUUUUAGUCUUGUUGUUGGGAAUUGGAAGAGGCUGAAACAAACAAAGUAUAAUGUAGCUAGCCCUCACUCCCAAUUUAUUGUAUCUUCCAAUAUAUUACA